AUGGAAGAAACUAGUGUGUUUGGAAUGGGGAGUGUUUUGAUAAUGCUUGUGGUGGUUGGACUUGUUCUGUUUCUGCCGCUGUUGAUCGGAUCCCUUCAACCGCCGUCCGGCUUUCUUCUUCUCCUUUUUCCAGUCACUCUCGCCGCCGUGUUCUUCAUCCUCUCACGUGCGUCCUCCCAUUGA